AUAUUAUAAUCAGAUCAUUUUCUCUCUCCGCGUCCUUUUUUCUUUUUUCGAACAUAAUAAAAUUACAGUGUACAGACAGAUAAUCUCUUAUUGCACUCACACUUGGACUUUUCUCUCUCUGAACCGCACUUUGGGCACUUUUAAAUACACCAUUUUUUCCUCAUUCUCAAACACACACAUUCUACCCGAAAACUACUCAUUCCCUAAUCCCACAUUCUCUGGAUUUACAAAAUCCAACCAAAAAACCAAACACAGGAUUACUCAAACAAAAAAAUGCCGCUAGCGAUAAGAUUAGCGGCUCUGUUUUUGUUCUUCGCCAUUGUUGCAGCCGAAAAUCCUUACAGAUUUUUCACUUGGAAUGUCACUUACGGUACGAUUUAUCCUCUUGGCGUCCCCCAACAGGGUAUUUUGAUAAAUGGGCAAUUUCCUGGUCCUGAUAUUUUCUCAGUCACCAAUGAUAAUAUCAUCGUUAAUGUGUUCAACAGCCUGGAUGAACCUUUUCUCAUUCAUUGGAAUGGGAUUCAAAAUCGGAGAAAUUCAUUCGAAGAUGGAGUUUACGGGACAACUUGCCCAAUUCCUCCCGGCAAAAACUUUACAUACAUUCUUCAAAUGAAGGAUCAAAUAGGGAGCUUUUUCUACUUCCCAUCAACGGCAUUUCACAAGGCUGCCGGAGGUUUUGGAGGGAUUAGGAUCCUAAGCCGGCCAUUUAUACCCGUCCCUUUUGACGAGCCGGCCGAUGAUUAUACCCUCUUAAUUGGAGAUUGGUACACAGCUAAUCACACUCGAUUGAGGUCAAUUCUGGAUGGGGGUAACAAACUACCUUUCCCUGACGGCAUUCUCAUCAACGGCCGCGGCCCAAAUGUCACCUCAUUCACAAUCCAACAAGGAAAGACCUACAGGCUUCGCGUGUGCAAUGUGGGUUUGCAAAACUCGCUCAACUUCCGCAUUCAAAGCCACAAGAUGAAAGUUGUCGAGGUUGAAGGCACCCACACUGUCCAGGUCAGCUACUCGUCUCUCGACAUUCACUUGGGCCAAUGCAUGUCCGUCCUCGUCACAGCCGAUCAGCAGCCCAAGGACUAUGUCUUCCUCGUCUCAUCCCGUUUCACCAAUCCAGUCCUUACGACAAGGGGUUUCCUCCGUUAUGCUGGCUCAAGUGGGCCUUCGUCCGAUCCCUUGCCCGGUGGGCCCACCACUCAAAUCGAUUGGUCCCUCAACCAGGCCCGUUCCAUAAGGACUAAUCUCACGGCUAGCGGGCCCCGACCCAACCCUCAGGGCUCGUACCACUAUGGGAUGAUCAACACUUCACGGACAAUCCGGAUCGCCAGCUCAGCUGGUCAGGUCAACGGAAAGCAACGGUACGCGCUUAAUAGCGUGUCCUUCAGGCCAGCCGAUACCCCUUUGAAACUCGCGGACUAUUUCAAAAUAGACGGGGUUUUUCGUGUGGGGAGCAUGCCCGAUUCCCCCAAUGGUGGAGGAAUCUACCUGGACACGUCUGUACUUGGAACCGACUACAGAACUUUCAUCGAGAUCGUGUUUGAGAAUCCGGAGGAUAUUGUGCAGAGCUACCACCUAAGUGGAUAUUCCUUCUUUGUUGUAGGAAUGGAUGGAGGGCAGUGGACCCAAGCGAGUAGGAACGAGUACAAUCUUCGUGAUGCUGUGUCUCGUUGCACGGUUCAGGUUUACCCCAAUUCUUGGACAGCCAUCUACAUACCACUCGACAAUGUGGGCAUGUGGAACUUAAGGUCCGAGUAUUGGGCCCGUCAGUAUUUGGGCCAGCAAACUUAUAUGAGGGUCUUCACAAGCUCAACCUCGUUGAGAGACGAGUUUCCCAUUCCAAAGAAUGCACUUCUUUGUGGGCGGGCGAGUGGGAGGCGCACGCGCCCCUUGUGAAACUAGCUAUUAGCUUAUAUCAUAAGACUUUCGAUGAGGAUUUGAGGGAUUCAUACUAAAGGGGAAUUAGAUUUGUUACGAUAUUUGUUGUUGUUUUAUUACGAUUGUUUUGAUUCUUGGGGGGGUGCUAAUUUGGCACCUAUUUCGAACAUCAUUUGAUGAGGUGCAUAUGUAAUAGUAGUAGUUGAUGUUUAUGGGGGUUUAUUGACCUUAGCUCAAGGUCGCAUUCUAAAGCCAUGUUUUUGCUGUAUCUUCUUCUUUGAUUAUUACUAUUGAUAAGUUCUUUUAAAGUUUACUUAGUAUGGAACGUGAAGCGGUUUCUUAUUUAAUGUUUCUCUUGUAAAUUAGUCCAUUACUUUUUUUGGAAGUUCUCAUUUCUUCAACUCUCGAAAAAUUCGAAUUUUGUAUUGAGUUUUGGAAGCUCUUCCACUGGGGAAAACGAAAAAAUCUAAUUUCGUGUCACACACGUGUUGAAGAAG